AUGCAGAGCAUCCCGCUCGAGGCGGGUGAGGCAGAAGAUGCCCUGUUCGUCAAUGCUGAGGGCCCGACGCAUCCUUCAGAGAAGAGUCUGCGGGAAGGUGCCGCAAAGACGUCAAGGAAAUCACGUGAACUCCCGGUGGUGGGGCAGGAGCUGAUGUUUGCUGCCUUGUCUAAUCGUGCGAUACACCCAGAGCCGCAGGAGAAAUCAGCUUCUGCCCGGGAGAUCCGCCUUGAUCAGCACAUAUCUCUGGAAGAUCGCCAACUCAUUGUCACGCGAGCUCUCAACACAGAUCAGCAAGAUGCUGAGGACUAUCUUGAGCGCUCACGCGCCAGGUUUGACAGAGUCAACCUGGACUUGCCCACUGUGGAGGUCAGAGUGGAGGACCUGCACAUCGAGACAGAGGUGUAUGCAGAGACAGACCGCCAGCUGCCCUCCCUGCUGAAUGCCAUGCGCUCCGGACUGGAGUACGUGCUCAUACGCAUGCACAUCAUUCGCAUGAAGAAGAUCCGUAUGGCGAUCCUGGACCACGUCAGCACUGUGUUGAAGCCCGGGCGCGCCACGCUGGUGCUGGGACCCCCCGGCGGCGGCAAGAGCUCCCUGCUCAAGGCCAUGGCCGGCAAGCUCAGCCACCACAACCUCCAGGUGAGCGGGCGGGUGAGCUACAACGGGCACGAGCUGAGCGAGUUUCUGCCGGAGCGCACGGCGGUGUACGUGGAGCAGGAGGACCAGCACAUGCCCGAGCUGACCGUGCGCGAGACCAUGAACUUCUCCGCGCGCUGUCAGGGCGUCGGCAGCAACGCAGAGCUGCUGGCGGAGCUGCGGAGGCGGGAGAAGGAGCUGGGAGUGGAGGCUGACUGGGCAGUCAACGCAAUGAUGAAGGCUGGCACGAUCGAGGGCGCGGAGCACAGCGUGUCGACCGAGUUCAUCAUCAAGAUGCUGGGCCUGGACAUCUGCGCGGACACUAUCGUCGGCAACGCCAUGACGCGCGGUGUCUCCGGCGGCCAGAAGAAGCGCGUCACCUCCGGCGAGAUGAUCGUGGGCCCCAAGCGCGUGCUGUUCAUGGACGAGAUAUCCACGGGGUUGGACUCCUCGACCACAUUUGCCAUCAUCAAAUACCUGCGCGACGCGACCCACAACCUGCGCUACACCACCGCCAUCGCCCUGCUGCAGCCGGCGCCUGAGACCUAUGACCUCUUCGAUGACAUCAUCCUCAUCGCCGAAGGCUACCUGGUGUACCACGGUCCGCGCGAGAGCGUGCUGGACUUCUUCGAGCCGCUGGGCUUCAGGUGCCCCGAGCGCAAGGGUGUUGCUGACUUCUUGCAGGAGGUCACCUCGCGCAAGGACCAGCAGCAAUACUGGUCGGACCCCAGCAAGCCCUACACCUUUGUGAGCGUGGCUCAGUUUGCGGAGCACUUCAAGAGCUUCAGCGUGGGCCGCCAGAUUGCAGCAGACCUGGCCUCGCCGCCCCCCACAUGCCCCCUGGGCGGCACUGGAAAGCACGAUCCAGAUGGUGUGCUGGUGAGGAAGAGGUAUGCGCUGUCUGGCUGGGAGCUCUUCAAGGCCUGCUGGAGGCGCGAGCUCAUCCUGGUGUCCCGCAACCUCUUCCUCUACGGCUUCAGGUUUUUUGUGACAAUGCUGAUGGCGCUGGUGACUGCGACGCUUUUCCUGCGCACCAACCUGCACCCGGACGGCGUGGAGAGCGGCAACCUCUACUUCUCAGUCAUCUUCUUCUCCCUCAUCUCCCUCAUGUUUGACGGAUUUGCCGAGGAAACCCUCACGGUGGCGCGACUGGAGGGCUGGUACAAGCAGCGUGAUAACAAGAUGUACCCGGCGUGGGCCUACAUCCUGCCCACCACCAUCUUGCGCAUCCCCUACUCCAUCCUGGCCGCCGUCCUCUGGUGCUCCAUCGUCUACUACCCCGUCGGCCUCGCCCCUGAGCCCGGCAGGUUCUUCACGCUGAUCCUGCUGCUGGCGAUGCUGCACAACAUGGGCAUCAGCCUCUUCCGCUUCAACGGCAGCCUCUGCCGCAACGAGAACAUUGCCUCCACGGGCGGCGCCUUCCUCUUCCUCGUCCUCCUGCUGCUCGGCGGCUUCCUGCUCGCCAAGAAUGACAUCCCCCCCUGGUGGAUCUGGUUCUACUGGAUCGACCCCAUCUCGUACGCGCAGAGGGCGAUCGCGAUCAACGAGUUUGCCGCGCCGCGCUGGAAGGCGCUGAAGCUGCCGGACGGGCAGUCGGUGGGCGAUGUUGUGCUGUCGCAGCGUGGCAUCCCCAACGAUGAGUGGUGGAUCUGGCUGGGUGUGGGAGUCAUCGCCAUCGCAUGGGUGCUCUUCCAAAUCGGCAACUGGUUCAACCAUGCAUACCUUGAUCCACUGGACCAGCCGACUGCCUCGUUGAGGGAGGACAUCAGGGAGGAACUGGCCAGGGAGAAGGCUGAGAAGGCCGAGGCUUCCAACAGGGGCAAGGCCAGCCAGAAGCAGCUGCCCAUCUCCAUGAAUAGCGGCGCUCUCUCAGCGAAGAGCGGCCGCCUCAAUGGAGCCGCCAGCGGCCUGACCAACGGCCACGCCAACGGUGGGGAUGUGGAGAUGAUGACACCGGCCACGCCUGCACGCCGCCCAUCCACCGGCAGCCGUCGCGACCUCAGCAGCAUUGUACGGGAGAGCCGGGGCAGCUUUGGCAGCGCGGCGAUGCCGGGGAUGAAGGAGGGCAAGGGCAUGGUGCUGCCAUUCACGCCGCUGUCGCUCACCUUCCACCACCUCAACUACUACGUCGACGUCCCCAAGGGAGUCUCGACGGAUCCGGACAAGGCUGGCCCGCGCAUAGCGGAGGUGGGCGGCAAGAAGAUGCUGCAGCUGCUGAACGACUGCAGCGGCGCGUUCCGGCCGGGCAUCCUGACCGCGCUCGUCGGCUCCUCUGGCGCUGGCAAGACCACCCUCAUGGAUGUCCUCGCCGGCCGUAAGACCACUGGCAUCAUCGAAGGCGACGUGCGCGUGUCGGGCCACCCCAAGGUGCAGGAGACGUUUGCGCGCAUCAUGGGCUAUGUGGAGCAGAGCGACAUCCACUCCCCCAACAUCACCAUCCUGGAGUCGCUGGUGUACAGUGCGCGGCUGCGCUUUGGGAAGGAGGUGGAGCGUCACGUUGUCUACGCCUUCGUCCAGGAGGUGAUGGAGCUGGUGGAGCUGGAGUCUCUGUCGCAGGCGCUGGUGGGCAAGCCGGGCGUCAGCGGCCUCUCCGUGGAGCAGCGCAAGCGCCUCACCAUCGCCGUCGAACUCGUCGCCAACCCCUCCAUCAUCUUCAUGGAUGAGCCAACGUCUGGGCUGGAUGCGCGCGCGGCCGCAAUCGUGAUGCGUACGGUGCGAAACACUGUCAACACUGGCCGCACCGUCGUCUGCACCAUCCACCAGCCAUCCAUCGACAUCUUUGAGGCGUUUGACGACCUGCUGCUGCUCAAGUCGGGCGGCAAUGUCAUCUACCACGGAUCCCUGGGCAAACGCUCCAAGAACCUCAUCAAUUACUUCGAGGCGAUCCCUAAAGUGCCGAGGCUGAUGGAGGGCCUGAACCCGGCGACCUGGAUGCUGCAAGUGUCCACGCCCGGCAUGGAGUCCACCAUUGGCGUCGACUUUGCAGAGAUCUACCGCAGCAGCGACCUCCACAAGCAGAACGAGAAGCUGAUUGAGGAGCUGAGCAUCCCUCCGCCGGGCAUUGAGCCUCUGCACUUUGAGACCAAAUACGCGCAGAACGCCCUCUCCCAAUUCAAGCUCAUCUUCUGGAAGUUCUGGCAGAGCUACCUGCGGGACGUGCCCUACAAUGGCACUCGCUUUGUGUUUGCCGGCGUGCUGGCAGUCCUCUUCGGCCUCAUCCUGCUCAACGUCAACCACAAGAAGCGGACGAUCCAGGACGUGGGCAACAUUCUGGGCUCGCUCUACCUGUCCAUGCUGUUCCUGGGCAUCAUCAACUCGCGCACGAUCCAGCCGGUCGCGUCCAAUGAGCGCGCGGUGAUGUACAGGGAGCGGGCUGCUGGGAUGUACAGCGAGCUGCCGUUUGGGGCGGCGCAAUGCCUGAUAGAGGUGCCCUACAAUCUCGCGCAGGCCAUGCUCUUCUCCUGCAUCUCCUACUUCAUGCUCGGCUUUGACCACACCGCUGCCAAGUUCUUCUGGUAUGUGCUCAUCGUCUUCCUGACGCUCAACCUCAUGACGUUCUAUGGUGUGAUGGCGGUGUACAUCACCCCCGACCUGGCCUUUGGCAGCGUGAUCUCCGGCUUCUUCUACAGCUUCUGGAACCUGUUUGCCGGCUUCCUCAUCGGCGUCAACCAGAUGGUGCCCUGGUGGAAGUGGUACUGGUAUGUCAACCCGAUAUCAUGGACGCUGUAUGGCAUCAGGACGCUGUAUGGCAUCAUUGUCACCCAGCUUGGCGAGGACGAUACCGUCGUGACCAUCCCAGGAGGGGGCACCACAACGAUCAGGGGCUACCUGGAAACGACCUUCAGCUACCAGCACAGCUGGAUUGGCAACGUGGUCGGCAUCCUCGUUGCCUUCAUGGUCUUCUUUGGAGCGCUCGCCAUCCUCUCCCUCAAAUUCAUCAACUACCAGCGCCGCUAG